UGUAUUUCUCAUCUUCAGAUAAAUUGUGAUAAUGAGGAAGCAUUGGCUAGAAAUGGACGCUCAUCUUAUAUAGACUCAAAUCAUUAUAGACCGGACAAUUUAUAUAGACUACCCGAAGCCAAAUACGAUGACAAAGAAGAAUUCAAAACAAAAGAUCUGCAAUUGUCUCCCGCCGAGGUCGAUGCAAGAAUUAAGAAUGUAUUUAUAUUGACAUCUGAACCGCACUUAAGCUCAUUCAGCAUAAAUUGUGAUACGGACGAAACAUCCACCAAAGACAAUGGCGAAGAAGAAUUGCGAACAAGAAAUCCACAAUUGUCGCGCACAUAUCCUCACGAGCGCCAUCGACGACAUAUAUCGCCCGAUGAAAUCGAUGCGGCGAUUAGAAAAGUAUUUAAUUUAUCCUCCGAACCGCAUUCAAGUUCAUUCAGUGGAUCUUCGAUAAUUGUUAGUAACUCUGAAGCACGUUUCAAUUCAUAUCGCGAAAUAAUGCAUGGGGAUCAGCCAAAGCCAUUAGCACGACCGACGACAGAUCCAUUUACAUCCAAUUUAAUGAAUAUAUUCAAAGUGCAAAGAAAUCCCGAUGGAAAAUUAAGUUUUGCCUAUGACACAUUUCUACCAUUACAGCCUACCGCAAAUACGGAUUUAAUUCCUGCUUAUACCAGAAACCGUGACAGCCCGGUUUUAUUUCCUGCGAAUGGGCCGAACAAAGAAAGCCCGUUUUCAGUUGAUGUUAACGAGUGCUUGGAACAAGGCAAAACAUUUUGCACUAAAGUACGCAAUUACCCGAAAUUGGGACAUCUAGAGGAUAUAUUGAAACGUGAGUUUCCCAAUGUCGAACUGUUCUUUGGGGAAGACAUAGAAGUGCCGCAAAGGAUUAUGCCACACAUAGAUAUUGAGCCAUUUGAGGAAUUCUUAUGCAGGAGUCGCGAGAAGGUCAUUUAUCCGGAGGCAGCCGAAAGCAAAAAUUCAAAUUGGAGUUACAUAGUGAAUGAUUCGAAUUUUAAGCAAGGAAUACGCAUAGAAGAGUGCGAAAACGAAGGCUCCCAAUGCAACUCAAUGUUAAGCCUACCCAAAGGCUAUUACGCCACUUGUAAGCAAAACUUCAUUUUUCGGUCUCUGGUGGCGUUAACGCCUGAGGGAAAAGUGAUCACCGAUCAUUUCAAAAUGCCCUCCUGUUGUAAGUGCGUCAUAACCCAAACAAAAAAUUGACAAAUACCUGAUGGAACCGUGUAUGGAUAAUCCCUUUGUUCUAAAUAGUUAAAAUAGAUAAACGAAAUUAUUACGGGACCGAAUAAUCCCAAUAAGAACUCAACAACUAACUACCUUCAUUGUGAUUAUAUAUAAGUGCUUUAUAGAGAAUUUGUAUUAUUAGAAGCUAAAAUUUAAAAAUAUAAAAAUAGAACGCAUGUAUACCCUGCGGUUUCCAUUUGGCCUAUUUACUAUUUUGCUAUCGAUAGCGAUUUUCCACCCAUAAUCCCUACACUUUUUUUGAGUGCAAAAUUUUUGUGAAUAGUUUUUGGUUUAUUUUGUUUUGAUUGUGUUAGGUGACGGAACAAUCAGAACUCAAUCUUUCCGAUAACACAUUUGUAUUAUGCUGACUUGCGUACAGUUAGACUAACGGGAAGUUUUUGAAAAGACAGUUCGGCAUGACUUUCGGUCUCUUCGCUAAGCGAAUUCUGCAAUUCAUCCAAGAAAAGAUAUCGUAUUUCUGAUUUCUAUAUGAACGCGCGAGACUGACUCACUUUGGCCGGAUUAUAACAAAUCUGUUCUUAGAAGGGUCACAUAUCGUUUGCUGAGACUCCAACUUGCCAAAGUCCAUUAUUGAUUUUUGUAAUUGUACGGAUUAAAUGCAGCAAUGCGUGUAAGUAUAAGUAAAUAUCAACUAGAAUAGGAUUUCACCUGUAUUAGUGCGCUUACAAUCAUGCCCAAGCAUUCGAAUCGCUACCUGUACUCGUACCCGCACUUAUGAAAUGACAAGGAAAUGGCGACAAUUUGCGUAAAGGUUCUUAAGAGCAAUUGCGGCUUUUUUUUUUUAAUUCUAUUACCGAUUGAGAGAAGUCGUAGCGAAAAUUGAAGAAACACUCGCAUGAAAAAUUCAUCCCUACCACUGCUUUAUAAAAACUUGGUA